UCUGAAGAAAGAGAGUUGAGAUUCCACAAUGUCGAUGUCGAAGAGUUCGAAGAUGCUGCAGUACAUCAACUACCGCAUGAGGGUGACCAUUCAGGAUGGUCGCCAGCUCGUCGGAAAGUUCAUGGCCUUCGACCGCCACAUGAACCUCGUUCUCGGUGACUGCGAAGAGUUCCGCAAGCUUCCCCCCGCUAAGGGUAAGAAACCCACCGACGGUGACCGCGAGGACCGCCGCACCCUUGGCCUCGUUCUCCUCCGUGGCGAAGAGGUUAUCUCCAUGACCGUCGAGGGUCCCCCUCCACCAGAAGAGUCACGCUCCAAGGCCGUAAACGCCGCCGCAUUGGGAGGCCCCGGCAUCGGCCGCGCCGCCGGAAGGGGUAUCCCUCCUGCUCCCGUUGUUCAGGCUCAGCCUGGUCUUGCUGGCCCAGUUCGCGGCGUAGGUGGCCCCGCUCCUGGUAUGAUGCAGCCGCAGAUCUCGCGUCCGCCGCAGCUCUCAGCGCCGCCUGUCUCUUACCCGCCUACGGCGCAGGUGAUGCGGCCGCCUGGCCAGAUGCCGGGUUAUCCUGGCCAGGGUCCACCGCCCAUGGCGAGGGGUCCACCGCAGCCUAUGCCGCCUGGUCAAUUUGCUCCGCCAAGGCCCGGUGGUCCGCCGCAGUUCUCUGUUCCGCAGUUUGGACAGAGACCUAUGGGGCCUCCUCCGCCUGGGCAGAUGGUGAGAGGACCUCCGGCUCCUCCUCGUCCCGGAAUGCCGGCUCCACCGCCUCCUCGCCCCGGGAUGCCGCCUCCGCCUGGUGGUGGUGUUCCUGUUUAUGGUCCACCUCGGCCUGGCAUGCCUCCUCCGCCAAACAAUCCUAAUCAGCAACAACAGUAAUGGGAACUUUAAAUUAUUGUGGCAGGUUCUUCUUGCUGGUGCUCUGAAGAUAUGGAUGGACCUUGGACUUCUUACGCACAGUUGAAUAUCCCGCUUGUACUUAGGAAGUGAUUGUUGCUUGUAUAACCAUGUUGCUUGUAUAACCAUGAAUCAUUCUCUUGUUAGGGAUUUAUUUUUUUUAAUUUUGUCUUGAUGAGAAUGAGUUAUGUUAGAACAGUGUUUUGUUUUGGAGGAAGGCAUAUGAAUCUCCUGUGUAGAUUGUCAACAAAAAGAAAAAAAACAAUGCCGGAUUUCAAAGACUGCAUAUUGAUUUCUGAGUGUAGGACAGGAUCUGUGACCACUUAUAUCUUUCGGGCUAUAUAAUAUAAUUAACUCCGGUAAUGUUUCA